AUAUGUCCAGCACCUUUUCAUGCUCUAUGGAAACCUGUGUUUCCCUUCUUUUUUUUUUUUUUAAAGAUGACACAUUGAUCAGAAGCGAUCAAUCGCUCAGUAUCGAGUGGCUUAGUAGACACUGAGUCAGGCAAAGGUACAAAUAUUUGCACAUAAAUGUCAAUAAUAGUCCUUUUAGUGUGACAGGCUGCCAAGCUAAACAUUAAUGAAAUAUUUAUGUUCACUGCGGCAGGUUGAGAGUUGCACAAACUGCUGUUCACCAUGAACUUUUGUUUACUGUUAAUAAUUAAACCCGUUCUCUGACUGGCUGCCCUUGAACACAUACUUUGCAUUUUUUUGGACCCCCACCCCCCUUCACAUACACACACUGUGACCUGUCACCAUAGACUGUAAACGAUGACUCCUGGGUUUGUAAUAACCCCGGCUCGCAGACGGUGCAGCUGUUCUCACCGCGAACACAUCGAAGGCCUGCAGUGGACCCCCCCCCCCACCCCUUCGUAGUUAAAGCGUAUUAUCCGCCGAGUUGUGAUUCCAGAGGAACGCCCAGGCACAUCAGGACGCUCGGCUGAAUUUAAGACCUGUCUUUAAGACAUGGGAGCGAGCAAAGUGACAUUCCUGUCUCUGUUAAAUCCUGACUCAGCUGUGGGCGUAGCAAUCUCUCCCAUCGCUGCCCUGCGGCUUUGUGGCCUUGCUCGGGUGUGAGAGAUGUUGGCUGCUGAGGUUUGGACAUGUGGCUCCCGCUCUGCUGAUCUGAAUGGCCUGAUGGGAGAGUGAAGACAGUAUGGAGCACUUAUCUGCAGAAGAGAGGGCAUGUCUAAUGUAUCUGGAGGAAACCAUUGAGGCGCUAGAGGUGCAGGAGGACAGCAGCUUAUCCAAUGUUGCACCAGAUCCUGGGUUAGAGGCAGAAGAAAUGGGUCGGACAAAAGUAAAUGAUAUUUCCAGUUUCAAGAUUGAUGAGGUUGGAGGAGCUGAGCAUGCUCUGAGUCGAACCUCUGAACCACAGUCCUCUCCUGUUUCAGCAGCCAACACAGAAGAUCUCGUCUCAACAUACCUGAACCUCAUGACUCAACCUGAACCUCCAGCCACUGAAUCAGUCUCUACCUGUAAAAUCCCUCCAUCUGCUACUCAGGCUGAGGUUCUGUGCAUAUCCACGGAUGGAGAUGGUAAUCCGAAGAUUGUCACAAGUACCAGACUUUGUCCAGGUCAGUCCACUGAGGCCUCUGAAAUAGAUCUGGGUCUGAUCCCUCCUCCCUCAGACUUCAUGGACGAACCACGCCCUCCCGCACACCCAGAGAAACUCAAAGACCAUCCUUCAUCUGCGGGGAUAUCCAGUAACAAACCAGGAGCAACCGUUGACUUGGAGCAGUUACGUCAGAGAGCCUCUGCGAAGAGAACUUCAGUGAGCUCCUCUGUGACCCAGGAAACUCCAAACAUGCCUCCACCUGAAGUGUCUCCCUUUCUAAGUCCACCAGCCGUCACCUCUGGCCACCAGAUGAGUCCUCCUCCCGAGGCUGAUGAGCCCCGAAGUCCACCUGCUGUGGCCCCUAAGCCCAAGAAGCUUCCUGCCAACAUUAUUCUGAAGUCACACAAGGCGGCGGUGGCUAGCUCUGAUGGCAACUCGGGACAUUCGGUCCCCACUGGCAGUGACUGGGUGUUGUUGGACCCACAGAGGGUCCGCAUUGAGGCUCUCCGAAAGCUUGGCCUGCUAAAAAGCGAUGAGUCAGAUUCAGGUCCUUCUCUGAGCCCCAAACUUUCUCCCAAAACUAGAAAAUCAUGGGGCGCUCCUCCUUCCCCCAUCAGCCCAACAACUCCACAUACACCUCCCUCGACACCGUCUAACAGCCCAAUUCCUGCCUAUGUCCUUCUACAGUCUCCUGCUGCUCUGUCACCAUUAGCUAAUUCUACAGCUCCUGCGAUUCUCUCGGCACCCGCUGCUUUCAGUGACCCCUUCGGACCUCUGCCGUCAGAUAAUGAACUGUCUGCCGUCAAAGAUGUUUCAGAGGCCAACGUUAAUGCACAGGUGAAUAUGCCUCCUCUUACCCCUCCUAGCCUGACCAAGCAGUUAACCCCACCCAAGAUCAUAGAUGUCAAAUCAGCCACCCUGGAACACUCUGGCCUUGGUCUAAGCAGCUAUAUGGCAAGUCAAGUCUCCGACGAGGUCGGUCAGGCCGUCAGCAGGGAGCAGAACCCCAGCCAGCUGCGUAACAAUCGGCCACGCCCUGCCUCUCUGGGGAGUAGGAGGGAGUUUUCAAGCGCUCAGGGAGAUGGUUUGCAGGCGGGCCGUGCCAUUAGUCAAGCCCACACUGCCUUCCAGCACUCCGGAGACUCUCAGAAGCUGCCUCGAUCGCAAGGCAUCAGUGUGCUGAUCUGCCCUCGUGCAGAAAACGGAGAGGACCGCCGCGAGGCCCUGAAGAAGCUGGGGCUGCUCAGGGACUAAUGCGUCUUCGCCACAUCUCACACCUGAUCUAACUGCCAUGGACUCCCUUCAGACACUAUAUUUCAUACACAACAGAUGAAGGCAUCACAACCCGUUGGGGAAGCAGCUUAACUACAUAUUUAUGCAUUUUCCAUUUUACUGCAUUAAGCUAUUAUAACCAGAGACUGCCUCACAUGACUUGAAUACUGUCAUACACCACACUUUGCAUCUACUUGUUACUUACAUUGUGCAGCCAUGUGUACAGUUUUUUACUUCUCAUUCAACUGGCAAUCAAGAAUUUUUUUGGAUAUUCCUGAAUCUCUCCCCGUUGCUGUUGUUUUUGUAAAUUAAAUACUGUUACUUGUAAGAGGCAAUGAGGAGUUAUUUUGUCAUUUAUUGUGUCUUGUGACAUUCAGGUGUGACCUUUCCACGUCACUCUCAGAUCUCACCAGUUAUUCUGUUUUAAAGUGGCUCCAUUGUGAAGCUGGUUCCCCUCUUACUUCUACUUUUAUGUACUUUGAAAGGUCACUGUUAAUACUUUCACUUCCUAAAAUUCACUGGAAUAUUUAGUCUAGCUUUGUUGACCACAAGAAGUUUUCUUUAGGAAGGACUGGCUAAUAUUUAAAUUUAAUGAGAAUUGUACUGAUCCUAUUUUUUCAGUGCAGUUUAGUUUCAUAAUUGAAGGUUGUUGAUUGAAUUAAUAAAAAUUGAGAAAGUAUGUGGUGCAUUGCUAGAACAUAGCUAACUGAAACUCAAAGCAAAAUGCCGGUGGCCCCUAGGUGAUAAGUAUCCGAAACACACGGAUUGCAUGGCUGCAUAGUGAUGCACAUGUCAAAACACAGUGUCACUAUGGGUCCAUCAGUUGUACAAUAGCUGAUCGUACAAGUUUUACCGUGAGAAUUAUUCUAAUUUGCUGAUCAUACACUGUCCCUACGAUCCACAGAUGUCCUUUAUGUUCAUUUGGAAGAUGUCAUUUUUUUUCCCUCUGGUGGCAUGUGACACGUAGACACUGGUGUCAUGUCAAAUCAAAUAAUGAGGCAC